AGUGACAAUUCAAUCAACAGCCGUCUGAAUCUGACAGCAGAGCAAGAGUUUGCUGCGAAGAAGAAGCACUUUCCGGAGGGCCGCCCCCGGAUGCUGCAGCCUAACAAGAGUUACUGUGUCCUCCCCCAGGAGGGAUUCAUCACCGCCUACAGCCUCACAGAUCUGAUGCCUCUGUGGAGCUCCUUCACCAUCGACAAGCCAACAAACCUGGACCCGUUACCACCGGUUACACCAGACUGUUUGAGGGCUGACGUCAGAAUCCCAGCAUCCAACAGUGCCAGAUGUGUCGAGUACAUAGCUGCAGGGAAUGUAACGACCGCAUUCCUGCACCCACCAAGUACGCACAUACCUCACACAGGCACAUACUUUCACAAUGUUUGGUUUGAUUCUUAGUGUUUAAAGGGAUGUGAGCUAAUACAUUAUUGUCCCCCAUAGCACUCUCUGACACACACCUUUUCUGAAUUUCCACAGAAAAAUUGAAUGAUGUGUAAUCUUUUACAAAUUCUAAAUCACUACUUAAAACACUCUGUUGACACAGGGGCCUGUC